ACCACAUAAUGAAAUUAAAAAAAUAAAAAUCCUCCCCAUUGAUAACUUCUCUACUUGAGUAAUCUUACCCAGAAAAUUAAAGAACUCACUGGUAAAGUACUAUCUUGCAAAUUCAUGGUGGCAGUUAGCCUCCAAGUUGUCUCGUUUCCACCGGCAAGACAGGUUUCAGUACAGAGGCGAAUCCCGCUUGUAAGAUGCCGGAUUGCAGAGCCGACAGGAGAGCCAGCCCCUUUGGGGAAGAAGACCAAAUACGUUGAUGGGCCGUUAGAGAAGGCAUUCAUGACUCUAUUUGCGCGCAAGAUGGAGAAAUUCGCAGCUUCUCCUAAUAAUGGUUCUGGGAAGAAGACGGGUUGGUUGGAUUAUGAUUAUGAGAGUUUCGUUGAUGUGUCAAGAAGAGUGAUGCAAGGAAGGUCUCGGUUGCAGCAGCAGCAAGUUGUUCGAGAAGUUCUCUUGUCAAUGCUCCCCCCAGGUGCGCCUGCUCAGUUUAGGAAAUUGUUUCCGCCCACCAGGUGGGCCGCAGAGUUCAAUGCUGCGUUGACAGUCCCCUUCUUCCAAUGGUUAGUUGGCCCAUCUGAGGUCAUCGAGGUGGAUGUAGAUGGUGUGAAGCAAAGAAGUGGUGUUCAUAUAAAGAAGUGCAGGUACUUAGAGAACAGUGGCUGUGUUGGGAUGUGUGUGAACAUGUGCAAAAUUCCCACCCAAGAUUUCUUUACAAAUGAGUUUGGGCUUCCACUAACUAUGAUUCCAAAUUUUGAGGAUAUGAGCUGCGAAAUGAUAUAUGGACAAGUUCCACCUGCAUUCGAGGAGGACCCUUUAUCUAAACAGCCUUGUCUUACGGACAUAUGCUCUGUAUCUAAUCCUAGCUCCAGUGUCUGCCCUAAACUGCAGCCUUGAAUCAUAUUCUUCCUGCCGCACUACAAUUUGAUAUUCUUUCAACACAACAAAAACAGUCAUCAUUUCUGUGUUUUACUUUACAAAACUUUAGUAGACAAGAUAUCUGACAUGUAUUUAAGGGAGGGAAAUUAAAUAUAUAUAUACAUAUAUAUAUAUAUAUAAUAUGUAUGUACAGUUAUUAAUUUGCUCAGUUUACUUUGUUCCCAUAA